GCACAUACGACCACAGGGUGUGGAAAACAGGGCUUCCCGUCCGCUCAGCCGUACUUAAGCCACACGCCGGGAGCGAAUCCCUUCUGUUGUAUGUUUUUUUCCUCUUUUCAUCGUCCUUUUGUUCGCUUCGUUUUAUUUUCUUGCUGGAUUCCCCACAUCCCGCCCUCAAAUGUCGUUCGUGGUCGGAUGUUCCCUUCUAUCACCAGGCCACUCCCUAUCAUACCACAACCCGCCGUUGCGAUGCCAUAG